AUGCCUUUUACGCUCCUCCCGGAUGGGGUUGAUCGUGACGUCCUAGUCAAAGAAUUUGUCCUGCCGGUCAUUGGUGUUCCUUCCGAUCAAGUCAUAGAUAUUCUCCCGGCCAACCAAUUUCAAAGGGAUUGCAUGAAUAGUACGACAGAGCCCUUCGGAUUACAGUACGCCUAUAUGGACAUCCAACCUCACAUCAGUUGGGAGAAGCUGGUCUCCUCUUGUCGGAAGGCGGUCCAAUCCUUCGAAGGUAUGCGGUCGCAAUUUGUGAAAAACGGCAACGACUACUAUCAAGUAACACUUCGUGAUGCGCCUCUUCUUGUUGAAGAAAUCUCUACUACGGAACAGAUGACCAAGUUUUGCAACGAGUACUGUCUGAACGACCCGCGUAAAGCGGUCAUUGGAGACAUAACGACAAAGCUUACUCUCGUCCACAUUGGAAGGAGUCGCCGGCGUGUGAUCAUGCGUAUCUCCCACGCACAAUACGAUGGGUGGUGCACCGAACAGGUAUUCCGAGCUCUUGAGGCAACUUACAACGAUGAAGAUUUGCUCCCCACGCCUCCGUUCUCGCAAUUGCUCCACCAUCGCAGUUUG